AAAGCACCGUAACGAAAAUUUACACGGAUAUGCUAGCUCCAAAAUAUCCGGAGUUUACCAGAACCCAAAUUCGCAGUGCCCUGAUGCUGGCGGACAACAAUUUGGAUGAAACACGAAUACUUCUGGACUUGAAAAUGAGAUUCGAUUUUAUUAAGGAUAACACCGUUUUGCAGUUAAAUACGACGGUGUCAGAAAAACCACAAGAAGCUUGUAAUUAUACUAAACGAAAUCUAACUGCUUCCAUACCGGAUUUGUCUCACACAUGUGAAUCAGACCGACCGUCUUCGUCGACACAAAGUUAUGUUGCACCUUUGGGCACAUUUCCUCAUCUGGAGGGCGUACGCGCAACUGUCAGCCUUCCCGACUCACCGCACCCCCAGCACCAAUCGCGUUCUGCAACUGUAUACGAUUUUGACGACUUAGACAUUCAGGCUAUUCCACAUUGGAGAUCUGUGAGAAGUAGUGCAAGACUUGGCAAGUACAGAAGUCUAAGGCCUAGGGUCAAAAACAAGGUUGGAGUUUUAAUUUUAAAAGAGACGUCAGGAUACAAAUCCUCUUUACUUUAACUUUGUAACCGAU